UCUCUUUAGAGCUCCAUCACUCUUUUCCAGCUCCCAACUCCCAAAAGAGACAUCCACCAGAAGAGCAUCUCCAUCUCUUCCCUGAGAGGCAACCAACCAAGUACCAAUGCUGCUCUCCGGCCGCGGAAGCUUUCUCCUUCCAUGCCUCGCCGUGGUGGCCGCUCUGGCCAUCGCCCCGCGCGCCGCCGACGCGUACAAGAACUACACCGUCGGCGACGACAAGGGCUGGUAUGACGGCCUCGCCCUGCCGGGGGUCGACUACCAGGAGUGGGCCGACGGCAAGAACUUUAGCCUCGGGGAUUUCCUCAUCUUCAACACGGACAAGAACCACUCGGUGGUGCAGACGCGGAACGGGACGCUGUACAAGAGCUGCGACUACAACGACUCGGGCCCCGACGACACCGUCGAGUGGUCCGCCGCCGCGCCCGAGUUCAGCAAGGACGCCGUCACCGUCGCCGUGCCGCUCCUGAAGGAAGGGCGCACCUACUUCUUCUCGGGCAACUACGACGGAGAGCAGUGCGAGAACGGCCAGCGCUUCGCAAUCGACGUGGCCCACGGCCAGGGCCUGCCCCCUGAUCUCAGGUCGCCGGCCGCCGACGCGCCGGCGCCCUCGGCCGGGCCCGCCGCAGCAGACGGCGCGGCCGUGCUCGACUUCAGCCACCCCAAGAACGUCACCACGCCGAGCGCGUCGGACGACGACCCGAGUAGUAGUAGUGGUGGCAGCACUUCGGUCUCGAGUCGGACGCUAGUCUGGCUCGGGCCUGGUCUGGCCGUGACACUGGGCGCUGUGCUCUUCGCGGUGUAGGUGCCUGCGUGUGACACGUGUACACGGAGAUUUAGGUCUCCUUUUUGGCUCGUAUGGCUUGUUAUCUUAGCCAGAUUCAUUUGAGCCGGUCUAGGUUUAUAUAGUGCUAUUUAUUUGUUUAGUGUAUGUGUUUAUUUUAGUUCAAAAGAGAUUGUCUUUGAUUAUCUGUAUGCGUAUAUGUUGUAUAAGAUUAAAAUAAAAAAGUAAGUGUUAACCUAA